AUGCGGCCGGGGAGGGCGGGGGCCCGGGUCCCCGAGAGACCCAGGAAGGACGUCGCUGGCGGCCGAGAGUUCGCGCCCGCGCGGGGACCCGCAGAAGGAGCGACGGCCGGUGCGUGGCUCGCGGGCGGCCGCGUGGUUCCUCGAGCACCGAAGCUGCAGAACGAGCCCGGAGCCGCCCGCGAGAACGUGCCCGGGGCCUCCCGACGAGUGACCCGGAAGGCGCGGGGGGCACGGUUCGUGCCGAACGCGUCAGCACACUUGACCUCAACGACCUUUUUUAUGGAGACCAUAAAGCCGUUGGGUUUCGUGCCACGUCCUUGUGCAGAUGGAACCUGCCCCGCCUCCCCCCCCCCCCAUCUUAUUACAGGUGAGAUCGUCUCGGCGAGCUUCCCGGUUGGGCCGGCCCGGGCCAGCCCCCGGGGCCUAGGUGCCGAGCCUGGGGUGGAGGCCGGAAGGGUGCGCCUGGACGUGAGUUGUAAUAAAGGACAAACGCCCGCAGCAAAACCAUCCCAUCGGACAUUCUCGCUACGGAGUUCUCUCCCCCCGCAAACCCAUCAUCCCAAACUCCGGCGCACACCACCACCACCCCACAUCCCGGAAAGUGAAAAUGCUAAGUAUGGGGCGGGAGGAGCGCGGGGUGAGCCCAAAGGGGACCCUCCCUCUUUCCUAUCUUUCCCGGCAAGGGUCAAUUUCUCCCAUUCACCUGUUCAACUCUUUUUUUUUUCCCUUUAAUUUCUCUCCCUAUUCUUUCCCAAAUAGCCUAAAAUGUUUCCUUUUGGAAGAAAUGUAAUGAAUGUGUUUAGGAUAGUCAAAUGCAUAGUUGGAGGAGUAUAAAAACAGAGUGAAACUCUCUCUUCCAGCCCUGCCCCUGUUCACCCCAGUCGUUCACCUCUUCUCCUCUGGUGGUUUCAAAUACUUCAACAAAUUCUCUGGUACUCCUCUCAAAAGAGAAAGCCUAACUCCCCUUCCCUUGGGUGUGGGCCAGACACCUCCACUCUGCUCCGAUGAGCAGAAUGUGGCAGGUGUGGCCGUGUGUGACUUAGACUAGACCCUACAAGUCUGCAGCUUCCUGUGCUCCGGCUCCCUCUCCCUGUCCCUCUCCUCUGUCUGUCUCUACUUCUCAGAUUCUCCCCUCAUUCACCGAGAGAGAGGCCGAGAGAGGCCAGAUGCCACAUCAUAGCCGGUCAAGCAGUGCUAUGGAAAGGGCCAAUGGGAAAGAGCAAUAGAGGUGAGGCAUCUGGAAAACCCGGUUCCCAACCCCACUCAAACCCUUACUUCACAUCUGAUUGCAAUCUCAUGAAAGAUUCUUUUUUUUUUUAAAGAAUUUAUUUAUUUAUUCAUGAGAGACACCGAGAAAGAGGCAGAGACAUAGGCAGAGGGAGAAUCAGGCUCCCAGCGGGGAGCCCAAUGCCCGGGACCCCAGGAUCAUAAUCUGAGCCAAAGGCAGAUGCUCAACCACUGAGCCACCCAGGUGCCCCUCUCGGAAAAGAUUCUGAACUAGUUAGUACCACCCCCGCUAAGUCAUUCCAGAACUUCUGAGCUACAAAAACUGUGAGAUAAUAAGUAUUGGUUGUCUUUAGCUGCUGAGUUUUGAGUCAUUUGGUAUGCAAUAAUAGGCAUUAAAAUACUUGGGUGCUUAUACAAACAAACGUGACAACAAAUCGUAUAGUGAUGAAAAUCGGGGCUGCAAGGCUAGAUUGGUCCGUAGAGCAUGGGACUCUUCAUCUUGCCGUUUGAGUUUGAGCCCCACCUGGGAUGUAGAGAUGAUUCAAAUGAAAUAAAUGAACUUUUAAAAAAUA